AUGUUGAACCAAGUGUUUGCCUAUCAAACGCGUCAUUUAAACGACUUAUGUCCGCCCGCUGAUAGUCUUUUGAAAAGUUUCAACACAAUCAUGCGAAAUAUGAAAGAGGUGCAUUUAGGUGAAAUGGGCGAUUCGGCCGCAUUGGUACAUUUGUCAUGGAAUUCAUCGACAUUCAAACGAAUCGAUGAUUGUAAAUUUCGUGUGGUUGCUAUGAUUGAUGGUGAAAAGCAACGGAAUCGUGGCGUUUUUGUAUCGAUACGUCGAUUAAACUUACGAAAAAAUUCCAAUUCCGAAGAUUGUAUCGAUUAUAUUCGAUUCAAAUUUGGCGAUACAAAAUCACCCAAGUACUGUGGCCAAUUGAAUGCAUCGGUUGAUGAUGUGCGCAAAAUUUAUUUUGGAGAAGGUGGCGGUAUCAUCGAGGUGACUUUGAAAUUGGAUAGAUUUGUACCGCUCAAAAAUAUCGAUAAUACGCUUGAUGUUGAACUAGUUUUUACAGCGAAUGAAGAUUGCGGUCAUGAUAAUUUGUUACGAUGCUACGAUGACACAUGUAUAUCAAAGAGUCUGGAACACGAUGGAAUAAAUAAUUGUCCACCGCCAUAUUGUAUGGAUGAAG